UUUACAUGGCAGCGCUAUAAGUGGUAAGAAUUAGAAUCAAAAAUAUUGGACACAGACUUAAAAUACGUACAGACUGUGUCUAUAAAAUAGUAAAGGAGUCCUGAAACUCCCUAGAGCGUGACAAAAUUUUACAUUGCAUGUUAUGUCUAUCCUAUACCUUGUCUCUACCGAUGCUAAAGUGUUAUGAAUAAUGAAAUUUAAACAUGGAUUCAAAAUAUACUGAAAUAUGAGAGUAUUUUGACUGUAUUUAAAUUUAAGAAAACAAAUAAAUUUUGUCGAUUAAACAAAGACUUCGCAAAAUUAAAAUGAAUUUGUUUACAAAGAAUUUAAAACACAAAUUACGUGGAAUAUGUCAUCGUUCUACACAUGAUAUGAAACAAGAGCAAAAUCUCCAAUGGAUACAACCAGUUGGUUAUGAAACAAAUAUUAAAGUGUAUAAUCCUAGAACAAAGUGUACAGUACCCCUUAUUUUAAACAAUAAAAAUUAUUUAACUUGGUACGUUUGUGGUCCAACUGUUUAUGAUUCUGCACACAUUGGGCAUGCAGCUACGUACGUGAAAACAGAUAUCAUUAGAAGGAUAUUGUCUGACUAUUUCAAUAUAAGUACUAUAAUGGUUAUGGGUAUAACAGAUAUUGAUGAUAAAAUCAUAAACCGUGCAAAUGAAACUAAUCAAAACUUCAAGACUUUGUCAGAACAUUAUGAGCAGGAAUUCAUUGAAGAUAUGAAAAUGUUAAAUGUAACCAAACCUAAUUUGUAUUGUAGGGUUACUGAUUUUAUACCUCAAAUUAUUAAAUUCAUUAAUAAUAUUUUAAGCAAGGAAAAAGCAUAUAUUGGAAAAAGUGGAUCAGUAUAUUUUGAUGUAAGCAAGCAUAACAUGUAUGGCAAACUAUCGACUCCAUUCUCAGAUAGCAGUCACUCUGAUAAAAAAUCAGCAUUAGAUUUUACUCUGUGGAAGGCAGCUAAAAAGGGAGAACCAUUUUGGGAAGCUCCAUGGGGUAAUGGAAGACCAGGAUGGCAUAUAGAAUGUAGUACAAUUGCAAGCACCAUUUUUGGAAAUUCCAUAGAUAUUCAUAGUGGUGGAAUAGAUCUUGCUUUUCCACAUCAUGAAAAUGAAGAAGCACAAUCGUGUUCUUAUCAUGAAAUAAAUCAGUGGGUAAAUUAUUGGGUACACUGUGGACAUCUAUUUUUAAAAGAUAUUAAAAUGUCAAAAAGUCUUGGGAAUGUUAUCAGUGUAAGAGAACUUCUUACAAAAUAUACUGGAAAUCAAUUUAGGAUGCUUUGCUUGCUUUCUAACUAUAAGAAUGAUAUUGAGUUUUCUGAUGGUAUAAUGAACUAUGCAAUGAGUAUGAUGAAUAAAAUUGAACACUUUCUUGUCGAUUGUGAUAACUAUAUUGCUGGAAGAUGGACUAGUAGCAAUGUAGACGAAGUUACAUUACUUCGUUGUUUACACGAAACAAAAAAAAAUGUUGAUACAGCAUUAACAAAUAAUUUUAAUACCUCACAAGCCAUACGCUCAAUCGUGAAUCUAGUUGAUACAACAAAUAAAAUGUUACAUGAUUCUUCUGGGUCUUCUACAAGUAGGAGUAUACCUGCUAUAAGUACUGUAGCAAGUUACGUAUCUACAAUGUUAUCGAAGUUCGGAAUUGAAAAUUCUAAUGUAGCAGAUGAAUGCAAAGUUAAUAACCUUAUUGAAUACUUUAUAAAAUUUAGAAAAUCAGUUCGAAAUAGGGCCAGAGAAAAAGAUGUAUUAGACAAAGUUUUACUUGCUGCAUGUGACGAAGCCCGAACCGAUCUUUCCAAAUGCGGGGUGAUUGUAAAGGACUCUGCUAAUGAAACCUGUUGGAGUUUAAAGACAUACUAAAUUGAACUUUUUAGCUGAAUAGAAUUUAAAUAAUAUUUUGUAUUAUAAAUAACAUCCCAAAUAAAAAACAUUACUAGAUUUACAUUUAAAUACAU